AUGUCGACAGAGUAUUCAACUCCAACUGUAUCCAGACCACCCCUGGUUCUUGAUAGGCCUAGAGAUUGGGAACCCUGGCUUGAGACAGUUAGAUCAAUGGCCUCAGGAGAAGACCGGUACGCCUGGGAGUAUAUCAAUCCUAAUUCGGAAACCACCCCUGAAAAACGUCAAAAGCCAACUAAGCCUACCUUCAAGAGUAUCAACCCUGAAGCUGACUCACCCAGCAAGCUCUCAGCCAAUGAGAUGGAGCUAUUACGCCUACAGCACUUCGACUAUCAGAUCGAAUACAAGGAGUACCAGGAGACCUCCAGACUGAUCAACUCAGUACAGGAGUAUAUCUUCAAGUCCGUCUCGAUUAGGAAUAGAGUAUACCUCCAGGAUCAAGCCACUGUAUACGACAUGCUAGUAGCACUUAAAAAGCGUCUAGCUCCCACCGACUAUGCGACUAAAUUGGACUUGUCGGCGGAAUACGCCAAAUUGAGAAAGUAUAACAAGGGAGAAAGCAUUGAACAAUUCCUCCAAAAGUGGGAAACCACCUAUGGAAAGGCUGUAAAGCUUAAUCUAUCGGAAGUCCAGGGUGACAAACCCCUCCUUGACUUUGUACAAGCUAUAAAGCCAAUUGAACCCAACUUUUCGGCAACGCAGGAUUAUCACCUGACUAAAGAUAUCAGGAACAAGUCCCCAUUACCAACCCUGUAUGAUCUUGUGGCAGAUUUCAGAGAUACAUACCGGAGAAACAUCGCCGCUUCCGGUUAUUCAAAAACACACGCAUCUUUUGCUACGUUCCAGAAUCAGGAGCAGCCAGGGAACCCCCCGAAAGAUGAAACAGCAAAAUCCAAGAAAACCCCAAAGCCAAAGUGCCUAUGUGGAUUUACCCAUAAACAGGAACAAUGCUGGUACUUGAAUCCAUCAAAAAGGCCUACAGAUUGGAAGCCUAAUCCGGAAAGAAUUGACCAAUUAAACAAGCUAUUGGACCAUCCGGACCAAUCAAAGACAAAGGAACAGUGGAUACAAAAAGGGUACGACUUGGCAAAUAACCAAGGCUCCAUUACCACUCCAGCUCCCACUUCGAGCCCUACUCCUGAAAGAACAUUGGCAGCCUACACUGCCUCCUUCGCCGGAGUACAUGCGCCAAGCAGUCAAACUGGCAUAUAUCGCCUAGUAAACUGCUGGACACUUGAUGGAGCCUCCGACAUACACUUAUGUAACGACAGAAAGAGGAGCCAAUUCAAAAAGACCAGGGAUGCCCACGACAGUGAUAGGCUUACUUCUGGCAAAACAACCUAUCCAAUUGAAGCUUGGGGAACUGUAAUCCUGAAUAUAGACACCCCAAAAGGCCCUGACCAAAUCAGGUUACUCAAUGUGGCCUUGGUGCCAGGAUAUAUGACCAACCUUGUGGCCAUGGAUAUCAUCAAUGAAAAAGGACUCCACUGGAGUUCACGACGACCAUUGGAACUACACCAAAAUACAGGGGAAACUAUGUGUUACCUCAAAAAGAUCGACAGGCACUUAGUCAUCGACCAAACCACUGAAAUUGAACACUUAUCAUUUGCCACUUCAACUCAAUCACCAAUAGCCAGGCUGACAAAACAAGAACUCCAUUCAGCACUUGGCCACCCAGGACCGCAGGUUAUCGACCAUAUACCCAAUUCGGUAGAGAACUUGAUAGUUCUUGAUCCAGAGAGUCCGACACCCAAAACGAUAGAUUGUGGGGAUUGCAGCGUCUCCAAGGCCCACAAAGUAAUCUCCAGGAGAACCGAAGUCGACGAUCGCUCAAAUGGGAAGCCCUUCGACCGUAUGGCCUGGGACCUAAUCCAAGAAGACGUAGGUUAUAAUGGGCACAGGUGGGUAAGCCAUUUUUGCUGUCUAGACCACCGAUAUCACCUUGUAUUUACCCAUCACUCGAAAUCCGACUCUUUUGCCUUUAUGGUACAGGUCAUAAUAUGGGUCAAAGCCCAAUUCGGAUACGACGUUCGAUUUAUUCGUCUUGAUGGAGAAACUGCCUUGGGCACCGAAUUCGCUGUAUUCGUCAAUUCAAAGGGUAUCAAGCAAGAGAGAACAGCUCCUGACUCUCCUGAGCAAAAUGGAGGCUCUGAGCGCGCUGGUGGGAUCCUCACCCAAAUCGCCAGAGUGAUAAUUAUAUCCGCAAGGAUACCAUUCAACCUGUGGCCAGAGGCGUACCAAAUGGCAGCUUAUCUGGCCAAUAGACGUCCAAUACUAGCUCUCUCCUGGAAAACACCUUUUGAGUCAGUUAAGGGAUAUAAGCCUAGGCUAGGGCACUUACACCCAUUUGGCUGUAAGGCAUACGCCUUAAUUAAAGGCAUACCAAGGUCCCAAAAGAUGCGUCCAAGGGCCCACGUUGGGUACUUUAUGGGCUAUUCGUCGACUAAUAUAUUCCGAAUUUGGGUCCCAUCACUGGAGAAGGUAGUAAGGACUAGGGACGCGACGUUUGACCACAAAAGCUUUUACCAGCCAGGCGAUAUUGAUCUAGGCUUUGUAUUACGCCAAGAGGAGGAGGUUAUUGAGAGUCUUCAGCUCCCAGACGAUAUGAUCGCUGAGGGGGAGGUGGAUGUAGAUUCAGAUACUAUCAUUGUUGACGUUCCAUUUCUGCCGGCAGAAACAGCCACUCUUAGCACUCCCGAGGAUCAACCAGCCAAUCAGGAAGCCGAGAAUACAAUUACUCAGCAGCCGACGGCAGAAAACAAACAAGCGAAUGAUCAGGCAGCGCAUUACCCAACCCCGGAGGCUACACCAGAUCCAAUUUCAUUUCCAACUUUACCACCAGCAAAUCCAAGCCCUGAUUCCACGAUUGAAGCCACCUAUAAUGAGGGAACUGCACCCCAAUCAAUGGAUUCAUCGUCCACAGGCCAAAAUACAGUGCCAAACAGUACAGGGAACUCAAGUGCCCGCAGAAAUGAGAUUUCGUCCCACCUGGACGAAGAAAAUAUCAUACAGGGACCGAGGAGCAGGAGACGGAGGAACGUAUACGCUACAGCACUCCUUAAUACCCAUCACUUAUCAGGGUAUAAUAUGGCUUUUGGAGCUGCCUAUUCGCUGGCUUCCACUCAAAUACGUCCACAUCACACCCAGCUUGAAAAAGAACCCAAGGGCUGGCAUCAAAUGAUUCGUCACCCAAAUGCCACUGAAUUCAGGAAGGCAGCCGACACCGAAUUUAAUACGCUAAAGACUAUGGAGGCAUUUGAAUUCGUUCCGAAGCAGAAUUAUCAAGUGCAGGAGCCACUCCCACUUACUUGGGUAUUCAAAUACAAGCUCAAUACAGAUAGAUUCCUGACUAAGUACAAAGCUAGGCUCUGUGCCAGGGGAGACCUGCAAAAGCUAGAGCAUUGGCAAGAGACUUACGCAGCAACCCUGGCCGCUCAAACCUUCAGAUUUAUGAUGGCUCUGGUGGCUGGAUUUGGCCUAGAGACCCGCCAAUAUGAUGCUGUUAAUGCAUUUAUUAACUCCAAGUUGGAGCCUCCGCUGUUGUGCAAGUGCCCUGAGGGGUAUGAGGCUCCUGGCAAGCUGUUGUUGCUCCACAAGGCCCUGUACGGGCUCAAAGAGUCGCCCUUACUCUGGUAUAGGGAACUCACAUCUACCCUAAUCCAGUUAGGGCUUUACCCUGUUCCUGGAGUUAAUUGCUUGUACUCAAGCUCCUGGCUUACCCUAUUCUUUUACGUGGAUGACAUCAUCGCUAUUUUUGCCCCAAAAGAUGCCGUCAAAAUGGACCAAUUUGAGGCCAAAUUGAUGGCCAAAUACCAUUUGCGCCUACUUGGAGAGGCCAAUCACUUUCUUGGGAUCAGAAUCCUUAGGGAGCGUUCCACUAAGAAACUCUGGCUUGUUCAGGACUCAUAUAUUCAAGGUAUGAGCUCCAAAUUCAACGUCAAUAUCAAUGCCAAAGCCCCAUCCACUCCACUGCCAACUGGAGAAUUAGGCCCUUAUACCGGCCAGGCUACCCCCCAACAGAUCUUUGCCUACCAGCAAAAAGUGGGUAGUAUCAAUUACGCCUCCGUUAUUACACGUGCCGAUGUGGCCAAAGCUAUCUCCAGAUUGGCCGAAUUUCAGCUCAAUCCUGGACCAAAACACAUUGCUGCUGCCGACCACCUAUUACAGUACUUGGAAGGCAGUAAGGGAUUGGCUAUUGAGUUCAAUGGCAACGCGACUCAAUCCAAAGAGCUCUUUUCGGCAUGGAGCGACGCAGCCUAUGGGGAUAAUCCAACUACCAGAUACAGCUCAAAUGGCUUUUGCUUUAAGCUCUUUGGUGGAGUAAUCCACUAUAAAGCUACUAAGCAAAAGACUGUUACUACGUCAAGUACUGAGGCAGAACUCCUGGCCAUCUCAUUGGCUGCCAAGGAGCUUAUUUGGUGGAAUAGGCUCUUCAAAGCUAUCCAAUUCGAUCUCCAGGACGACCAAUCACAGACGUUAUACUGUGAUAAUCAACAGACAAUACGCUUUCUCACUGUGGAUAUUCCACGGUUGGAGACCAAGCUCAAGCAUAUUGAUAUCCAUCAGUGCUGGUUGCGCCAAGAAGUACUUUCUGGGUCAAUUAAGGUGGAGUGGGUACCUACUGCCAAAAUGGUGGCAGAUGGGUUUACCAAAAGCUUACCUGCCCAAAAACAUGCCGAAUUCGUACGGCAACUCAAUAUGGUGGAUAUCUCCAACAAACUCGACUCCAGGGAUAAGCCCAAUUAG